AUGCUGCGGGAACGCGGGCGGAGGGAAGGGAGCGGGAGCUCGCCGUCCCCCGGCGCGGGGCGAGCGCGCCAGCUCGGACCCUCCAAACCCCUCAGUCCCACAGCCCAGCUGCUAGAGCAGCGGCUCAAGUGCCCCAGUGCCGGGCUGGGAACGCGGCUCCGCGAGAACCCCGACCCUCCAAUCUUACCUAAAGGGCCCACCUCUCCGCUUCAGCGCCGCUGA